AUGCCCUGUGUUCAGGCUCAGUAUGGGUCCUCGCCUCAAGGAGCCAGCCCGGCCUCCCAGAGCUACAGCUACCACUCCUCGGGAGAGUACAGCUCCGACUUCCUGACGCCAGAGUUCGUCAAGUUUAGCAUGGACCUCACCAACACUGAAAUCACUGCCACCACUUCUCUUCCCAGCUUCAGUACCUUUAUGGACAACUACAACACCAGCUACGACGUCAAGCCACCUUGCUUGUACCAAAUGCCCCUGUCCGGACAGCAGUCCUCCAUUAAGGUGGAAGACAUUCAGAUGCACGGCUACCAGCACCACGGCCACCUGCCCCCCCAGUCCGAGGAGAUGAUGUCCCACUCGGGCUCCGUCUACUACAAGCCCUCGUCGCCCCCGACCCCCUCCACGCCUGGCUUCCCGGUGCAGCACGGCCCUGUGUGGGACGACCCUGGCUCCCUGCACAACUUCCACCCCAACUACGUGGCCACCACGCACCCGGCUGGGGCCCACCAUGCCGUGGACGGGCAGGCCUUCGCCGUGCCCAACCCCAUCCGCAAGCAGCCCUCCAUGGCCUUUCCGGGGCUGCAGCUGGGCCACGCUCCACAGCUGCUGGACAGCCAGGUGCCCUCGCCGCCCUCCCGGGGGUCCCCCUCCAACGAGGGGCUCUGCGCCGUCUGUGGGGACAAUGCCGCCUGCCAGCACUACGGC